AUGAAAGCGUGGAAGCUACAGGAAUGUAUCGCUCAUUCCCCAGGCGCUGUUACUGCGGCAACUUUGGGCCGUAAAUCUGGUCGAGUAAUGGCCACUGGAGGAGAAGAUCGCCGCUUGAAACUGUGGGCUGUUGGAAAACCUUCUUGUAUCUUAAGUUUGACAGGGCAUACAUCAUCCAUAGAAGCUUCUGAAUUUAGUCAAGAAGAAGAUAGAGUGGCAGCUGGGUCUUUAUCGGGUUCUGUCCGUAUUUGGGAUUUGGAGGAAGUUAAAAUUGUUCGAGCCUUGUCUGGUCACACAUCAGCUAUCAAAACUUUAGACUUUCAUCCAUAUGGUAAUUUUGUAGCUUCAGGUUCUAUGGAUACCCUUGUAAAGCUGUGGGAUGUAUCUCGUAAAGGCUGCAUAAACACUUACCGGGGUCAUACUGGUUCUGUUAACAUGAUUCGCUUUUCUCCUGAUGGGAAAUGGAUUGUUUCUGCUGGUGAGGAUGGAAUAAUUAAACUUUGGGAUUUAUCAGCUGGUCGACAGUUGGCUGAAUUAGUCGGCCAUACUGGACCUGUUGUUGCAGUUACAUUUCAUCCUACAGUUCUUCUGCUUGCAACUGCCUCAGCUGAUCAUACUGUCCGUUUGUAUGACUUGGAAAAUUUCACACAAGUUGCCGUCACUGGACCAGAAUUAAACGCCACUAAUGUGAGGCGUAUUGCAUUUCAUCCGGAUGGUGUGUGUUUGUAUGUGGCUACAAAUGAUUAUCUCAGAAUAUAUGAUUACGAGAAUAUGUCUUGCCUAGAAACUGUACACGUUGGUUGGCGUGCUGGUGGCGGUUUGGACGAUAUGGCUGUUGCUCCAAGUUUCAAUCAACUUGUUGGUGUAUGUAUCUCAAAUUCGCUAAUUACUACUUAUGUUGUGGAUGUGAAGUCUUGCAUACCAUUCACUGCAAAUUAUUCAGAUAAUAUUGCCGAGUCAAAUAAAAACGUUUGUGUACAAUCAACUCAGUUGAAUACCACCAGUGUGAAUACAUCAACCAAUUACAGGGAUAAUGACAAUAGUAAUAGUAUUCCUACUAUCCAUCCUGUACAACAGAUAUGUGGUAAUAGUAAUCUUGCCAAUUAUAUGCAAAGUAAUGAACGUCCAUUUACUCGUUGUGGUUCAUCUCCCUCAAAAGCUCUAAGUUCUAUAGGACGUAAAAGUUUCUGCCUUGUCGCUGAAGAAAAUCUUCAAAAUGUUAUGAGUGAGGAUCCUAACGAUCCUGAUGCACAUUUACCUUAUCAACCUACAACUGAGGAUAGUGAAUCGCUCAAUGCAGCUGAUAUAACUGAUCCAGAUGAAUAUGAUAGGAUAUUUAAACCACACCACACAGUUCCACGAAGUCCUUCUCAAGUAAGAGCUAUGACUUCUAGAAGAAACGUUUCAAGUGAAUAUGGAACUGACGCAAUCACAAAGCUAAAUUUCGGUCUCCCUCCUUCAUCACCAAACAUUGUGAAUCCCACACCCCAUGAAGCAAAAUGCGUCCAGUCAAAUAUCUUAUCAAACAGAUUCACUUCGGAUAAACCAUUUACACCUCCGAGUACCACUUCAGCUUGCAUUUCCAGAAGACCUCAUCAAACUACUAUCUCACAAGCUGCCCGAAUAAUUUCAAAUUCUCCACACCCACCGGAAGCGAUUGAAGUGGAAGAUUUUCUACCUCAAUCACUGCCGACUAUGAUGGAAUUUGCAUUGAAUCCAGUCCUUCAAAAUAUAAAAAACCCGACACAUGAUAAAUCUGGAAGCCUUCAUGAACCAUCAGAAGCAGAAUUGUUAUUGAGAAUUCGUAAACCUCACGAUCCUUUCGUGAAAGUCAUGUCAUCACGUGUUAAAGGCUUGUCAACUGUUCGUGUGAUGUGGAGUCCAGAUAGUGUGAAAACAGCUGUUGAGUCUGCAUUAAUGAUGAAUGAUACUGCAAUUUUAGUCGAUGUUCUUGGAAUAUUGUCAAAAAACAGCAAAUAUUGGAAUUUGGAUCUAGUCAGCUUUCUAUUACCUCAAUUAGUAGAGUUGAUUCACAGUAAAUAUACCACUCAUGUUGAAACAACUUGUCAAAUAGUUCGUGUAAUAAUCAAAAAUUUUGCCCCGGUGAUUCGCCAAACUAUCGAAGGCCCAACUCCACCUGGAGUAGACUUGAUGCGAGAAGAAAGACGUCGAAAAUGUCAAGAAUGCUUGUCCCAUUUACUUACAAUACGUUCAGCGUUAGGAACUAAAGAUGUAGCGAAUAAAGCUGGUCAAUGCGGACGUGAAUUAAACGUGAUGUUUCAGCUGCUAGUAUGA